AUGCUAAGACAAAAACUUGCAUCAUUUUGCCUCCUACUCCUUGCUUUGUUAUCUCACUUUGGCCUUCAUGUUGCCACCGGUAGAGGCAUAGGAGACAAGCAUUGUGGCUCUACUUUCUGUGGAAUCCUUAACAUCAGUUUCCCUUUUGGAUUAAGAACCCAAACCCAUAGCUGUGGUUCUAAUUCUAAUGGGGUAGAGCUAGUGUGUGAGAAUAACCGCACCAUUUUCCCUAUGAAAAAAGGGAAUUUCCUUGUUAAACACAUCUCUUAUGUCAACCAAACGAUUCUUCUCGUGGAUGCGAGUCUAGGGGAUGAUAACUGCUCCGUUCCUCAUAGUUCCUCCCCCUGGCUGAACCCAUCUUUAGGGGUACUAGGCCUAAAUAGAGCUGAUAUGAAUGAUCGUGGAGAGAUUUAUGUGGUAAAUUGCAAGACCAAGAUGAUAAACUCUUCGGCUAAUUACAUCGAUGCUUCUCGUUGCUCUACUUCUCCUUCAGAUGCAGCUAAUGGUUAUUUUUAUUUUUUGCGUACUGAAGCUGCGCCCUCUGAUUUCCAUCCCUCAUGCACAUUUGAAGCAUUGGUUCCAAGUACGCCUUCCGAUACCACUGGCCUCUCUACUUUUGAUAUUUACCAAAGGUUGUUGAAGGGCACCCAAUUCAAAUGGUACUUUCCUAAUGAUGCUAAGGUUGGUGAUGAUGGUUGGCAGCAAUGGAACUCAGUUUCACACGUGUGA